AAACAUUUCACGAUAGAUUUUAUAAGAAGAGAUUAAUCAUAACUUUUAUUGUUUGUCGCACAAUUUAUCAACUGUUUCGUAAUUAACAAUGGCACGAGCACUUGUAGGUGUAAAGAGAGUUAUCGAUUAUGCAGUUAAGAUUCGUGUUAAACCAGAUAAAACAGGUGUUGUGACAGAUGGAGUAAAACACUCGAUGAAUCCUUUUGAUGAAAUUGCAAUUGAAGAAGCUGUACGAAUGAAAGAAAAGAAAUUAGUACAAGAGAUAAUUGCAGUUUCAUGUGGCCCCCAACAAUCUCAAGAUACACUAAGAACUGCACUUGCAAUGGGUGCUGAUAAAGGAAUUCAUGUUGAAAUAUCUGGACCUGAAUAUGAAACUCUACAACCUAUUCAUGUUUCUAAAAUCUUAGCCAAGUUAGCUCAAGAAGAGAAAGCAGAUUUAGUUAUAGUUGGAAAACAAGCAAUAGAUGAUGAUUGUAAUCAAACUGCCCAAAUGAUUGGAGGUAUUUUGGACUGGCCAACUGGAACAUUUUGUAGUAAAAUUGAAAAGAACAACAAUGAGCUGACUGUUACACGAGAAGUUGAUGGAGGUUUAGAAGUUGUUAAAAUGAAAAUGCCAGCAGUUUUAAGUGCUGAUCUGCGUCUUAACGAACCGCGAUAUGCUACAUUGCCAAAUAUUAUGAAAGCUAAGAAAAAACCGAUUAAAAAGAUGUCACCAAAAGAUCUUGGUGUUGAUACUGCUGCAAGAAUUGAAAUUUUAUCAGUUGAAGAACCACCAGUUAGAAAAGCUGGGGUUAUUGUGCCAGAUGUUGAUACAUUAAUUACAAAACUGAAGGAAUGUGGUCAUGUAUAA